GUGACGUUCAAAUUUCGUGCUCGAAAAAACCAGGCUUGUUGUAACUUGUAGGCGAAGGACCGUACGUAGCUGUGAGAAAGCAGAGAGAACAAAUGGAAAGUUGAACUCAAAGCGUUCUUACUUGCUACCUUCACUCAUUUCUUCAUCCGUUAUUCUUCACUCACCGGUAUAGGGAUGGAGGCUAUAGAAGUUGUGGUCUUAUCUAGCGACGAUGAAGGGGGAAAGGUUGGCCUUGAAGCCGCUAGUAGUGGAAACCAACAUGAGACCAACAAAGGCUUACCAACUAUGCAUCAGAGAUCUCAAAGUCAUUCUAGUAGUCAAGUUUCUGAAGAAAAUUUAAUAUCUAAUGGUCCAAGUUCAUGUCAUAGCUAUACAGGUGCAUCAGAGCUAGGCUUUUUGUCAGUUGAUGACACUGGCCUUUCUUGUUCACAACCAAUUAAUGCAGCACCCCUCUGUAGGAAGUUUUGGAAAGCUGGAAACUAUGACAAUUGGCUUGGUUCGAAAGUCAGCUCCCAAUAUGCAAAAGAUUAUCUUCAUGUCCAUCCCCUGUUCCUUCACUCAAAUGCAACUUCGCAUAAGUGGGUAUUUGGUGCCGUAGCUGAGUUUCUUGAUAAUGCAGUUGAUGAGAUCCAAAAUGGGGCUACUUUUGUUAUGGUGGAUAAAAUUUUAAAUCCGAAGGAUGGAAGUCCAGCAUUGUUGAUUCAAGACAAUGGUAAUGGAAUGGAUCCAGAAGCAAUGCGAUGUUGCAUGAGUUUUGGAUUUUCAGAUAAGAAGUCAAAAUAUGCAAUUGGACAGUAUGGAAAUGGUUUCAAGACUGGUAGUAUGAGACUGGGUGCAGAUGCGAUUGUCUUCAGCUGCCACAUGAAUGAUAUGGUAUACACUAAAAGCAUUGGACUUCUGUCUUAUACAUACUUGAUGCGAGCAAAGCUUGACAGAAUUGUAGUGCCCAUGGUAAGUUAUAAGCUUAAUACAGCAACGGGAUACUUCGAAAAACUAAAUCACCAAGAGCAUUUUGAGUCUAAUCUGUCCUUGCUGCUGCACUGGUCACCAUUUAUAUCAGAAGCAGAACUCAUGAAACAAUUUGAUGACAUUGAAUAUCAUGGCACUAAAAUUAUUAUCUUCAAUUUAUGGUUCAAUGAUGAUGGGAAUUUGGAACUAGACUUUGAUACCGAUCCUGAGGAUAUCCGUAUUGCUGGAGAUAUCCAGAAGAUUGGAACAAUUUCAGCCUGGAAGACAGUAAAUGAGCAACAUAUUGCUAACCGGAUUCAUUAUUCUUUACGAGAUUACUUGUCCAUACUGUACUUGCGGGUGCCAGAAAAUUUUAGAAUUAUAUUGCGAGGGCAAGUUGUGAAGCUUCGUAACAUUGCAGAUGAUCUUAAAGAUAUUCAGUAUAUCUUGUAUAGACCACAAACUGGUGGUUCAGGAGAGGCAAUAGUUGUGACAACAAUUGGAUUUCUUAAGGAAGCUCCUGAAGUCAGCAUCCACGGCUUCAAUGUAUAUCACAAAAAUCGGCUGAUACUGCCAUUUUGGCCAGUUGUGAGCUAUGCAAACAAUAUGGGUAGAGGAGUUGUUGGAAUAUUGCAAGCCGAUCAUCUUCAGCCAACUCAUAAUAAGCAAGACUUUGAGAGAACUUCCCUGUUUCAAAAGCUGGAAUUGCGCUUGAAGGAAAUGACACAGGAAUACUGGGGUUGUCAUUGUUAUGAAAUUGGGUAUCAGGGAAAGAAGCAUAGAGGUCCAGUUGGCCAACUUAGUUCAUCAAUGGAGAAACCAGUUGUUACAGAAAACCUAGUUGCAUUGGACAACUGUUCAUCACCUGUACAGAUAUCUAAUGCACUAGGCAAAUUCGAGCAAACAUUUCGUAUAAAGAGGAAGACACAUGGAAUAGAUCAUCACGAGAUGAAAAGGCAAGCAGUGGAAAAGAAUUUAACAGAUCUUCGUUGCAAUCGGAAUGUACAGAACGCCGCAUCUCCUGCAGACCACAUGAUAGACCAAGAAAUUGUAAACUUAAUGGAAAGGAACAAGAAACUCAUUGCUGAAUGUUUUGCAAUAGAAAAGGCGGAGAAGGAACUUAAUCAUAAGGUGACACAGCUUAGAAGUAUAAUUGAAGUAGCUAAGCUAGAGUACAAUAGACUUUUGGCAGAAGCACUAGACUUAAACGUGAUUUAGCUGUAGCUCUUGCUUGAAAUGAUGCUGUUUGGACAUAGUUUCGUCCAGUCCUUGCUUACCAUUUUUGCCCUCUUAAAGGUUUUUGGGUCUUUUGUAAGUAGAUAGAUGGAAGUGGGCCAAAGCUAAGGUCGUCCUUUUGUAUAUGUACAAAAUAGCACUCUAGACUUCACUCUCUAACUGAGAAAUUAAGCUUAGUAUUACUAGAUUUGGCGUUAUGCUUUUGUUUUCUGACUUGUGUUUUUCCAUUUGCUCCAUAUUGUAUGUGUUGAAAAGUUAGCCUAAACUAGCGUAAAAUGUAAACUAUUAUAUGAUAAGACAUUCCUAAGUA